AGUUGCAGGUCGAGGUCACGCACACAACACAAGAGAAGGAGAGCGCAAUUCUUUCCAGAGCAUUUUAGUGAAGUUCAGGAUUGCUUCCCUGAACUCUUUAACUGUCCAAGUGCAAUUGCAUAAUUAACUCGACAGUUUUUUCCCCCCCAGUUUUAUUCUGCAGUCGCUACAAUUCCCAAAAUGUUGGCUGUCAGAAGAGCACUGCGUCUCUGUCAAAGAGUGGCAAAUGUCAGUGUCUCGCGUCGUGGAUGCGCUGGAGCUGUUCCCGUGGACGACAUCGUGAACGGUCUUACCGAGGAGCAGAUCCAGCUCAGACGGACAGUCCAGAGAUUCUGCCAAGAGAAACUCACUCCCUACGCUGAUGAGAUUGACAAGACAAAUGAGUUUCCCCACAUGAGGACCUUUUGGAAGGAGAUGGGUGAGCUUGGACUGCUUGGAGUUACUGCUCCAGUGGAGUACGGUGGAACAGGAUUGGGCUACCUUGAUCAUGUGAUUGUUAUGGAGGAGAUCUCCCGUGUGUCAGCAGCUAUUGCUCUCAGCUAUGGCGCGCACUCCAACUUGUGUGUAAAUCAGAUGGUUCGACAUGCAAACCAGAAACAGAAAGAGAAGUACAUGCCAAAGUUGAUGACGGGGGAGCAUGUGGGUGCCUUGGCCAUGAGUGAGCCCAACUCUGGCUCUGAUGUAGUGUCCAUGAAACUGACAGCGAAAAAACAAGGGGAUCAUUAUGUGUUGAACGGUAAUAAGUUCUGGAUUACGAAUGGACCAGACGCAGAUGUUCUGAUUGUGUAUGCUAAAACAGACCCAGAGGCAGCAGCCCGUGGCAUCACUGCAUUCAUUGUAGAGAAGGGCAUGCCAGGAUUUAGCACAGCGCAGAAGCUGGAUAAACUGGGAAUGAGAGGAUCUAACACCUGUGAACUCGUCUUUGAAGACUGCAAGGUCCCUGAGGAAAACAUAUUGGGCCCGUUAAAUAAAGGAGUAUAUGUUUUGAUGAGUGGCCUGGACCUAGAGAGACUCGUCCUGUCUGCUGGACCUGUUGGCAUCAUGCAAGCUGUGCUUGACCAUGCAAUUCCUUACCUACAUGUUCGUGAAGCCUUUGGACAGAAAAUCGGCCACUUCCAGCUAAUGCAAGGAAAAAUGGCCGAUAUGUACACACGGCUUAAUUCAUGUCGACAGUAUUUAUACAACGUUGCCCGUGCUUGUGACAAAGGCCAUUUCAGUGCUAAGGACUGUGCUGGGGUAAUCCUUUAUUGUGCUGAGAAUGCGACUCAAGUUGCCUUGGAUGGAAUUCAAUGCCUGGGUGGAAACGGUUACAUUAAUGACUACCCAAUGGGGCGCUUUUUAAGAGACGCUAAACUUUAUGAGAUUGGAGCUGGAACCAGUGAGGUCAGAAGGAUUAUCAUUGGCAGAGCCUUCAAUGACUUGUUCAAAUAAGAGCAGCACUUAAUGAAUGA